AUUCGGUCAGAGAGUCUGGCAGAGAGAGUGUGUUUGUGUGGAAAGGAGGGUCAGAGGGACGAAGAGGAACAGGCAAACAGAGAGGGAAGGGUGGCAAAGGAGGGACUGAGAGAAAAGAGAGGGACACAGGUGGGACGCACCAAGAGUGAAACAGCCAGUGAAAAAUGCGCAGGUAGGCCUAGUCAUUGGCAAAGAGCGACUGAGCAGAGAAGCCCCUCGGUCCCAGCAUGUCCCGCGCCCCCCCCGCCUCCCGCCGACAUCCCCCGCAACCUCAGCUGCAUCUCGGGCCUGUACGAGAAGGCCUGCAGGGCCCGGCAGCCGGCCGGAGCCGGGGAAGAGGGCGAGGUGGAGGAGGAGGGAGAGGGGAGGGGGAGGCAGGCGGGGACCAGGUGGCGGGACAGGGGCAGGAGGGCCCGCUCGCUCCCAGCCCGCGCGGAGGGGGGCUGGGAGGAGGAGGAGGAGGAGGAAGGGGAGGGUGCCGGCAGGGCUGGGGGCCGCAGCCGUAGCCCGGACACCCGCAAGAGGGUGAGGUUCGCGGACUGCCUGGGGCUGGAGCUGGCGGCCGUCUGUCGCUACAGUCGCUGGGAGGCCCCCCGCGUGCCCCCGCACGUCCAGGACCAGCUGCAACGCGACGCCAUCCGGCAGUUCGGGGUCGGACGACAGGGCCUGGCUUUCAAGGAUCCCGGCCAAGCCCGACCGCUGGAGCCGACCUUCGCCAACCCCAUCUCGUCCGGUGACUUCAUGCAGAAGGUGCGGCGCGACAAGGUGUGCCUGGAGGGUGUGGAAGUGGAGAGGUUCCGCCUGCGGGGCACCGUCCGGGUCCUCAAUCUGGCCUUCUCCAAGGAGGUGACGGUGCGCCACACCGCCGACGAAUGGUCCACCUACACGGACACGCCGGCCCGCUACAUCCCGGGCUCGGCCGACCUGCACACCGACCGCUUCGCCUUUGAGCUGGCCCUGCCCCCGUACCUCACGGGCCGCUCGCUGCAGCUGGCGGUCCGCUACCGGGUCGGCCUGGACGUCUACUGGGACAACGACGGCGGACGGAACUACUGCCUGCAGCCCACGCAGGCGGCGCCCGGAGCAUCCCCCCCUCCGGCCGAAUACUGCCCCGGGUGGAUCCAUUUCGUGUGAGGGACGGGACGAGGCGGCGGCGGCAUCCAGGCUAAAAUAAUGGACCCCCUUCUGCUGGGGAACACCGACUCGAUUGAGAGGCCGUGGAGAAGUGGGGUGGGGGACGGCCGUAUUCCUCCCAGAAUGUCUGCCUUUUUCCCGGGACUGGUGCCCAUCUCGCUCCCCACCCCUUGAGAUGGCACCCACAGCUUCCCAGAUUUACCCGCGGCCCCUCUCUCCGGAUCACCUCAGAGACCCUCCACCCUCACCUCCCCAUACUCUCUGCCCCCUAACCUCCCCACCCUAGUCAGACGUGGAAGUGGAGACUGGGGAGGGGAGGUGUGUCACCCCCCCUCCUCACGACCCACCUGACUGUGGUUUCAGCCCCGCGUCCCCGCCCGAACAUUAACGCCCCAACGUUCGCUAACGAGGCAUCCGUCUCCCCCGGCUUUACAUGCCCCCGCUGACGCUCCUCCCGCUGCCCUUCCAGGAAGACGCCUCCAAAACUGCCCCUCCGUCCGGGAGGAAGUAUCUCAUCCGUAAAUGGGCGACCCCCUUCCUCCCCACGCCCACUCUGCCGAGAGACCCCCUCCGGUUAGGGAGAUACUACAUCUGCCCCUCUUCUUCGCCCAAUCAACGGGAGAACCCACCCGGAGCUUCUGGCCGCUGGGUGGGCGAGAUCGGGACCCGGCCGAAUCCCCUCAGUACGGAUCCAUCUCGCCCCCACCCUAAGCGUGGGGCAUGGGGAGCCGCGGACUGUGUUCGGCCGGGAUUGUAUUGGUACAAACCCAACACAAUACUUGUGUAUCGUGGAUUGUCCCACCACCCGUGGGGAGCCGCGGACUCUGUGACUGUGUUCGGCCUCAUUGUGUUCGCUAAUUUAUUUAGUUUUCGCUCCUUAAUGAAAUAAACGUCCCAAGAAGCGGAGGGGGUGUCCUGGAGUGAACUCCCGCGGAUCGUUGGUUCAGUAUGACGUUGACGAUCAUGGUCUACUCGAAUCAUCUUAUCUCUAAUUGCCGACGGGACAUCAACCGUCUCGACUUUAACACGCCUCUCCCCAACUCCACUCCCUCCGCACUAAUGCUAACCUCGCCAUCAUGGGGGGGGGGGUGCAGUAAUGGUCUGGCGCCAACUCUCAGACCCCUCCUCUUACCCCUUGAACAGGACCCCCACCAAGAAACACCAGGCCACUGUCUCCCACACCAUCACCAACCUAAUCAGCUCUGGGGAUCUCCCAUCCACUGUCACCGACCUCAUACUCCCCCCCCCCCACCGCACCUCCCGUUUCGAUCUCUAGCCAAGAUCCACAAAUCUGCCUGUCCACCCAGACCCAUUGUUUCUGCUUGUUCCUAUUACCCCACCUCAAGA